UUGGCGGUGCCCUCUCCUACCUCUUUCGGCCAUACCACGCAUGAUAUACACUGCACCCACUAUCUAGCCGACCUUGUAUUUCCAUGCCAAAACAAUCACUGGUCAUCACUCAUGCUGCGAUGGUAUUGCACCAUUUCUUCGGCUUUCCAUUGUCCGUCCGGGCUCCUGUCCGUUGUGCCGCCUCCCUUGAUCGGCACUCACCUGCCAUACACACACUGUGCCAACAUGGCCUGAGGUCGUGAUAGAAGUACAAAUAGUCCUGCAUGACGGCUCAUCUUCCAUUCUCCAUCCUCUCCAGUACAGGUCUGUGGCCUUUAACCUCUUCUCGAAUCCACUCGAUAAAUCUGCACGACCAUCAGCAUGAAGGGCCUCUUCUCUCUCGCAGCGCUCGUCGCUGCCGCUUUUGCUGCUCCUAUCACCAAGGAUGCCCCUAAGAAGUACAUUGUUACCUUCAAGGACGGUAUCGAUGUUGCUGCCCACACCAAUUGGGUUGCUCAAACCUUCGAGUCCAAUCUUGCCAGGCGUGGCCUUUCGAAGCGCGACUUUGCUGGUAUCGAAAAGGUUUAUCGUGUCGUCCCAGGUUACUUCGGUACCUUUGACGAAGCUACCCUCGACGCCAUCAAGGCCAACCCUGACGUCGUUGAUGUUGAGGAGGAUGGCGUCAUGACCAUCCAAAUUGAGGAGUCCACUCUCGAGAAGAAGGCUCUGACUACCCAGUCUGGCGCUCCUUACGGUCUCUACACCAUCUCCCACAAGGCCGGUGCCAACGCUGGAACUACAGGUUCAUACAUCUACGACUCAACGGCUGGAUCCGACACCUAUGCCUACAUCGUUGACACAGGUAUCAACACCGGACACACCCAGUUCGGUGGUCGUGCUACCUUUGGAUACAGCGCAAUCUCAGGUGCUACCACUGAUGACAACGGACACGGGACACAUUGUGCAGGAACCGUUGGCUCAGCAGCUUACGGGGUUGCGAAGAACACCAACCUCAUCGCAGUCAAAGUGCUCGAUUCUUCCGGAUCCGGCUCGUACUCUGGCAUUAUUGACGGCAUCGAUUGGGUCAUCAGCGAUGUGACCAACAAGGGACGCAAGAACCGUUCGGUUAUCAGCAUGUCUCUCGGAGGUAGCUACUCGGCUGCUGUCAACAAUGCUGUUGGCUCUGCCUACAGCAAUGGUAUAGUCGUUGCUGUUGCUGCCGGAAACUCAAACACGGACGCUUCAAACACGAGUCCUGCCUCGGCCGCAAACGCAAUUACUGUAGGCGCCAUCCAGAACGGAAACUCACGCGCCUCAUACUCCAACUACGGCCCGGUUCUUGAUAUCUUCGCCGUUGGCACGAACGUCCUCUCUACCUGGAUCGGCAGCAACACCGCCACAAACACCAUCUCCGGAACCUCCAUGGCCACUCCUCACAUUGCAGGUCUCUCGGUCUACCUCAUCUCACUCGAGGGCCUUGCCAGCCCGGCAGCUGUCGCCAACCGCAUCAUCGCCCUCUCGGGCAAGGACCUCGUCGGCAAUGCUGGCUCUGGCUCGCCUAACCGCCUCGCCUACAACGGCAACGGCGCUUGAAUGCUGAAUGAAUGAAGAAUUGCAUGUUUUUUAACGAAGGGACGUUGUUUAUGACCGGA